GCUGCCAGGCGGGGGAGGAGCCCUAGAGGACGUAGAAGCUCCGCCCCCGCCUCUCCCCUCCCACUCGCUGGAUUUUCGCUUCCCUCCGUGUGUCCCGCUUCGCCCUGGGAGGAUCGGCGCUGGAUCCCCCGUCCAAGGCUCCCCCGUGGGGCUCCGCGUGGUUCCGGGAAGGACCUUUCUUUCUCCAGAGGUUCUCAUUUUGGUCCGUCAGAGCACAAGGAGACCAGUGAGGAUGUGGCCGUGAGCUCUGCAGAUGAGAAAGGGCAUCCUUGGAUCGGGACACACAAAUCUUUGGCCAGGACUCCCUUCUAGAGAAUUUGGAAAUCGUGGCCCAGUUGGAGAAGCAGCUUCCUGCACAAAGGGCCAAUCGAUUAAGGAGAAAAACAGAUCAGCAGUGAGAGUCAUUCCUGGCCUUGAGUCCAAGGCAUAACAAGUGACCUAGAGACCUCUUAGCUGCAACUAUAACAAAAUAAAAUAUUGUUUCCAAAGAUUUAUCUGCAAGCUGACAUCAACAGAAAUACAGGAUGGAGCCUGGGAAACUCUCGGAUCCCCCGUCAGACACAAGCAGCACGCCGAAAAACCACAAAAGAACCCAUGAAUGCUCAGAGUGUGGGAUGUCCUUUGCUCGCAGAUCCUUCCUUUUGACCCACAGGAAGGUCCAUGUGGGAAGCAGAUCCAGUCAGGAUUUGGAGGGUGAGAAAUCCUUUUCUGGAAAAGACACCAAAGAUCCCAAAAGCCCCUCUAGACUAAAACCCUAUAAAUGUGAGGAAUGCCACUUAUGCUUUGGUCAAAAGUCACACCUUCUGACACAUCAGAAAAUCCACACUGGAGAGAAACCCUAUCAGUGUCUGGAAUGUGGGAAAUCUUUCAGUAAAAAAGCCUAUCUCAGAAAACACGAGAGAAUUCACACAGGGGAGAAACCUUACAAGUGUUGGCAAUGUGGGAAGAGCUUUCGUCGGAAGUCAGGACUUUGGAUCCAUGAGAAGUUUCAUGCAGGAAUAAAACCUUACAAAUGCAUUGAGUGUGGAAAAGGUUUCACCCAGAGUUCAGGUCUUCGGACUCAUGAGAAAACACACAGAGGGGAGAAAAACGAAAAGUGCUUUGAAUGCGGAAAAUGUUUUUCCAGGAAAUCAAACCUGGUGCAACACCAGAGAAUUCACACCGGAGAGAGACCCUUUGAAUGCCCAGAAUGUGAGAGACGAUUUAUGUUUCAUUCUCCGUUUCGGAGGCACCAGAAGGAGCACAAAAGGGAGAAACCCUAUAAUUGUGGGGAAUGUGGGAAAGAUUUUCUUACACAAAGAGAGCUUCAGAUUCAUGAGAGAAUCCACACAGGGGAGAAGCCAUACAGGUGUGUGGAGUGCGGUAGAUGCUUUUCCGACAAUGGACACCUUUUAAGGCAUCAGAGUGUCCACACAGGAGAGAAGCCAUACAGAUGCGUAGAAUGUGGGAAAUAUUUUAGAUUAAAGGGAAACCUUUGGAGACAUCAAAAAACCCACACAGGGGAGAAGCCAUAUCAAUGCAACGAAUGUGGAAGAUUUUAUAGCACCGCAUCAGCCCUUAAAAUCCAUGUGAAAAUUCACACGGGGGAAAAAGACUACAAAUGUUUCGACUGUGGGAAAGCAUUUGCUCAGUCAUCUUACCUUAUAAUUCACAGCCGAAUCCAUACGGGAGAGAAACCUCACAAAUGCUCAGAGUGUGAUAAAUGUUUUUCACAGAAAAUUCAUCUUGUGAUACAUCAGAGAAUCCACACUGGAGAGAAACCACAUAAAUGUCUGGAGUGUGGGAAAUGUUUUGCCCAUUCUUCAACACUUCGCACGCAUACCAGAACUCACACAGGAGAGAGGCCUCACAAGUAUGCAGAGUGUUAGAAAAACUUUUCAUUGUAAAUCAAAGCUAAAAAUGCAUCAGAAUGUCCAUAGCAGAGAUCUCUACCCUUUCAGUUGUGAACAAUGAGGGAACUUUUUUUUUCAGAAGUCACACUUUAUUGUUCACCAGGACCUUCACACAGUCCCAGAAGGGAAAUCCUACAAAUGUUUGGUAUGGGGAAAGUGUUUUUUUCUAGUGAAGCAACCUCAAAUACUAGACGAGAGUACACAAUGAGGCAAAAGGGCGCAAGUGUUGGGGGUGUGAGAAUGUUUUCCUCACAAAGCAGCAUUAGUAACUUGCCAGAGUGAUUACACAAAAGAGUUAUAAAUGUGUGAGUAUGUAUAAUGUUUUGCAGAAUACAGGUAGUCCUAAAGUUAUGGCCACAAUUUGGAAUGGAUUUCCAGCCAUAAAUUGCUUACAGUCCUAAAUCAAGGCACCCAGGCAUUUUUGUUAAUUCUUACUAGCCGUUUGUGGAUCAGUGAGGAGAACUGAAGAUUCAGAGAGGAGAAAGUGGGGGUGGGGGCAAUCAGGAUGCAUCCGGUUGCUUAUUUAGUGAUAAUGUGUUGAUGUUGAAUAUAUGCUGGUUGAGGACAAAGAUCGAAAGUUCCUUUUUCUGGGUGUUUCCCCACCACCACAUCCUC